AUGACGAUACAACGUCUUCAAAGAUGGGCACUCAUUCUUAUGGGAUACACGUAUACCAUACGUUAUCGUCCUACAAAACAACACGGUAAUGCCGACUGCCUAUCUCGUUUACCAACUGGACCAGACGACACAUUUGAUAGUGGAAGUCCUAGAGUAGUUAUACCCAAACAGCUACAACCGAAGGUUUUGUCGAUUCUCCAUCAAGAACACUGGGGACUCACCCGAAUGAAGCAGAUAUCUCGACGUUAUUGCUGGUGGCCCAGCAUUGAUGACGACAUCACCAAAACCGUUUCCAGGUGCGUUGCAUGUCAAAAUAAUGCAAGUACUUUCUCCCGAGAGUACACCAGCUGGCCGACAACUGAAGAAGUGUGGGAACUAAUACACAUCGAUUUCGCUGGACCUUUUCAGAAGCAGAUGUGGUUAAUUGUAGUCGAUUCUAAAUCAAAGUUCCCAUUCGUCGUCCGAAUGGCAUCAACCACGUCGGAAGCAACAAUUCAAGCGUUGCGAUCAAUUUUCGCUUUAGAAGGACUUCCCAAAACUCUGGUGUCUGAUAAUGGCACCCAGUUCACUUCGAAUGAGUUCCAGCUUUUCUGUCGAAAUAACUCAAUUAAGCACGUAACUUCAGCGCCAUUUAACCCAGAAUCCAAUGGAGCUGCUGAGAGGAUGGUGCGAACAUUUAAGACAGCUCUUAGAAAAAUUUUAUUGGAUACACCUCGGUGGGACGAAGCUCUCCUUGUUUUUCUCUCUACGUAUCGUUCUACACCAGAUGAUUCUGGAAUUUCACCGGCAGAAAAACUCCAUGGAAGACAACAUCGCACUAUACUCUCUACAAUGGUCCCAGAAGCAAGCAAAGCAAACACGAAAUUCAAAACGAAAUUUAGUAUUGGUCAACCGGUUUUCGUACGACAAUAUCAACGAAAAGAGAAAUGGAUUGCUGCAGUUGUAGACAAGACCUUAGGAAGAAGAAUGUACUGUGUAAGAGCUAGCACAGACGUUGGUCAGGCAGCAUCAAACGAUGAUAAACCAGACUCAAAUGACGUUGGCGAUAUGAUGCAUUCCAGUUCACUUCAAGCCAACGCCAAUCUUGAGCAAUCUCAAACAAGUUCGAAUCCAAGUCGAAGAAUACAUCCUAGAAACACUCUAGAAAAUCAGCAAGCUUCAGGUACUCCACCGCAGCUUAGACGAUCUGAGCGGCCUCGCAAACAGGUUGCAUUUUAUCCAAAUUAA